AAACACAUAAAGCCUACAAAAAAUCACAAAUAUUUUAUUUAGCAUAAAUUGUCGUAUCAAAAUCGCAAAUGGAUUUAACUCCACAACAGUUUGCUUGCUUUAGAGAGGUUUUCCAAUAUCUUAACCUAGAUGGUGAUGAUAGCGUUUCGCUUAGAGAGUUCCUGACUGUUAUGGAAGGAUUAGGAUUAAAUCCGUUUGAGGGCGAUGUACAGUCACUCAUCAAUGAAGUCGAUCUGGAUGGCAAUGGUAGCAUCGAGUUCAAUGAGUUUGUCGCCUUGAUGAUCAACAGAUUAACACAAAUUUAUAAGGCGGAAGACAUGAUCGAUGCAUUUCAAGUAUUUGACAAAUCCAAUUCUGGUUAUUUAGAUGCUGGCGAGCUGCGUACCGUAUAUUUGGCAUUGGGUGUUAAGAUAACCAAUGCAGAGAUUGAUGAAAUUAUAUCUGCGGCUGAUUUCGAUGGGGAUGGUGUUAUAGGCUUUGAUGAUUUUAUACAAAUGAUGACUGAACAUGUUGAAUAGGAUGGUCCAAGCUGGGGCUAUUUUUUUAAUAUCUAAUAAGAACUGAUCUGAAUGGUUCGGCAUUAUUGGAUUUUGACAAAAUAGUCUCAAGUUGGAAGUAGCUAAAUUUAU